AUGGGUGUUGAUUGCGGCGCCAUGGAGGGGGCUGAGGACCAGAGGAAAAUUGUUGCACCCCUCGUCGUGGCGUCGCCUGCGGAGGAAGAGCGCCCCUCGGGGCCCGGCCACUGCUUUCCAACCUUCAACCGCCACCUGUACAAGGACGAGCUCUCGGGCCUGGGUUGGCGAGACGUGGAAGACCUGACAGCCAAUCCUGCGAAGGACAAUGAUGCACGGGACGAAUCCUUCGCCAGCCUGUACACGGCUGAGUACCGGGCAAUAUUCCAGCGGGCGCUUGAUGGCGAGGCGCUCGACAUCCUGCGCGAGGCACACACCAAGUAAGUCUUUUAAUCUAGAACCCCGGGGGGGCUCUCUCUGAUUGAGGGAGUAGUACGGUGGGUCUUGCGAUCUCUAAUACCUGAGAUAUGCAGUCUAGUUGGUAACAGUUGCGUUCCUGGAAGGCCAGGGGUAUCGGAUAUAGAGGGGUAAAUAUCCGGUACAGGGAGUGCAUGAGGAUUUGGUACUUGAGAUUUGAUGAGUUGUGAUACAAGACCAUGCUGCGGACUUUUGUAGGCCCUAUAGGUAGCUACAAACGUGGCUGCAGACGAGUGCGUGUAUGCCCUAAUGGCCAUUGGCUUUGGGUUUGCCGACCUGUAUACUAGUAAUACAUGUCAGCAGUGUGAGGUGCCCGAGUCCAAUAAGCGCUCACAUAGCACACAGUUCCUAGGAGCAGGUAGACCACCACAACUCUUCGUAUUUCUUGUAGUAGUAACUUGAAGUCCAACCG